AUGCACACAUACAAAGAUAUCAUACUCGGAGAUGUCAAACAGCUUCGUCCUUCCUCCAAUUGCACCCUGCAUCUACCCGAGGACUACGAAGCUCUUCAGAAGUCCAAGUGGUAUGCCGCCUACAACAUUCACUUCCUGAUGGAGUUCGAUGAUGGUAUCAAAUGGUUGAUUAGAGUUAGACAAAAUCAGGGACAUCGUCUACCCUCCCAAAUCACUGAACCCGGGAUUCAAAGUGAAGUUGCUACUCUUCAAGUUCUUCGAGAUUACGGUAUACCUGUACCUGAGGCUUAUUUACCUGGAUACAUGCGUGUGAAAGGAGAAAGAAAUGAGACAACGCUGGAUUACUUCUUUCUUAGCUUCAUGGAAGGUACACCUAUGGAUAUACCUCGAAGCGGUCACUUGGGUGAGAUCACACUACCCGACGAUCAGCUUCAGCACUUCAUAGAAGAAUAUGCUAAAACCGAAAUCCAACUUCGGAAUCUCAGAUUACCAUUCACGAAGAUUGGCUGUAUAUACCCUGCAGAACACGACGGUAUGCUUGUAGGACCAAUCGUAUCUAGAGGAAGCUUCAUGAAUCCUACACCACCUUACUUUAUGGGACCUUUUGACACUCUCAAGGAUAUGUAUCUAGCUAAGAUUGAUUCAGCUCUUCGGUAUAUAUCGUUAAAUGCACUUCAAGGUCAAAACCCUGUUGAUGCCUAUCUGUGGCAUUUAGAAUUGAGAGAGUUAGUCUCACACUCGAAGGUUUUGUGUGAAGUUCCGGAUGAUUUGUUCAUCAAGCACGACGACAAGAAAGGAGAUGAGAUGAUGGUCGAUUCAGAAGGGAAAGUAAUAGGAGUUAUAGAUUGGGAAUGGGCGUAUGUUACUACCAAAUCCGAUGCUUUCUCCACACCAUGGCUGUUCAAUCGUACUUUGGCUUAUGUUCGAGAAGGUUCCAACUCCCUUACCCAUCCUGAAGAACUGCUCGUACAGCAAUACGAGAAAAUGGGAUAUUCGGACCUUGCAGACUGUGUGCGCGAUGGAAGACUGUACCUUCGUUUGGAUAGAAUAGGGUAUUACGAUUCAGCUUAUAAGAAGUCGGGAUUUAGAGAAGUAUUUGGUGAUGAUGUUCCUUCGGACUUCACUCCCCCUGAGCAUGAUGUAGAUUGGAGAGUGUUUUCUAUGAAGAGGUAUCAGAAGGAUGAGGGUUUGAAAGAAGUUAUGAACAGGUUUGGAUGGACUUUGGAAAGAGCAGAAGAAGAAGCAGAACGAAUGCAUUAA